AUGUUGGGGUAUGUCCACACACUUAACACUGUUUGUUCUGAAGGCAAGAAGAACAACAGAAAACUCUACCCAAGGACAUUCCCUGGAGACUCCAAGAAGCAGAUCAGCUAUAAGGAAUUAAUGGAAUCUAGCAACUGUCUGAAGAGCUCUACCCUCAUUGCCAAGACAACCAACGGGGAUGCUUGUUCCUAUGAUGUUCCCCAGUCUCUUACCAAGACACAUACUCUAGGCAACAUCUUCCAUUCUCAAGCACAAGCCAAGGGUCCUAAUGUAGACUCAAAGCCUAGCCCACAACCUGAUACACAUAGAUUGGGCCAGAACUCCAAACACAGUAUCCAGACACCAGGCAAAAGGUUGUGCCAGGUUCCCAACCAGCCUUUCAAGAAUCUCCAGAAAAAGCCAAGACUUAGGCCCUUCCAGAUUCCCCCAAUGAACACUAAUGUACCUUACCAGGGUGUUGUCCAGACUCUACAGCUUGCCCGCAGUACAAAUAGACUUGGACUUAAAGAGGCACCCGAAUUGCUCACUAUGACACCUGUGCUGGCACCACACAACAGACCUCACCUGAGUCCCAUUCAAGCCUGUGAUGUCCAUCUACCUCCACAGCUCAUCCAUGAUCCAGACAAUCUCCUUGGAAAUGUCUUCACCAGAUUGGAAAAUGAACAGCAGAGCUCCAGUUUCAGAAUAGCUGCUACCUCAGUCUCACCUAAGAAGCCUACACAUCCUUGUCAGAGCCCUCAUGUCCUCCAGGAUUCUGAGCCACAGUGUCCCCAUGACCCAGGCAAUGUCCUUUAUGAGGACCUUAUGGUUUCCUCCUCUGAGGACAGUGACAGGGAGUGA